UGGCAUUGGUUAGUAUUGGCGCGGUCGCGACGCGUCACGCACGCGGUAUCAACUCGAAUACUAAAAAUAAACAUUACUGUUUAUAAAAUAAGGUUUUAGAGGUUAUGUGGCGGAACAAGACAAUUUUGUUUGUAGUUUGACGGUUUUGGCGGAUAGUAAUAAUAGUGUGUACAUUGAGGUAGAAGUUAUGUGAUGGUCCAAGAUGAGUCUGUGGAAGAACAUAAAGCAAUGCAGCGGGCUGACAGCAAAGGACCCCGAGCUGAACAGGAGCCACUACUCCCUGGUCUCCGGCACUGAGCUGACCGGCAGCGCUUUGCAGCUAUGGCACGACCUGCCUGAGGAAGUCAAGAAUGAUGAGGCGCUGGCUCCAUUCAAGCAGCUCUGUGAGAAAGGAGUAACAAGCGACAAUACAACGAAUGGAAAGAAAAAUGAUACAAAAUUCAAAAGGAUUCCUUUAGUGAAAUCAGAACCAAUUUUAGGCGAUGACGUCGAAACAGCGAAUAAAAAAGAACCAGAAGUGACAGAAAAUAGCCAUAAGGAUAUAGAAAAGUGCAAACCAGUUACAACAGUGACUAAUCCACGAGAUGCUAAGAUAUCCAAAGCGAAGUACUAUAUAAAAACAACUAUAUUAUUAGGAUGUUGGAUGUUUUCCACACUUAUUUUUAUGACUCACGAUGUCAAGAAGGACGUGACGACCAUAUCUUCCGUAUCGUCAUCAGAAGUCAAAGAAUUCACAUUUCCGAUAUUACAUCAAACGACGUUCAAUCCACUAGUUCUUACCAUAAAAAUGGUUGGGCCAUUUUUGAGCGAACCGGAGCAAAUAAAACUGAAUGAUUCAGAUAGAGCGGAUAAGGAUAGACUAGAAGUAUGGAUCGAGAGGGCAGGAGGGUACGCGAUAUCAGACAUCUGGCUGAUAUACCUUAAAGAAGACCAAGAUUUCGUAAAAGGAGAACCUCUAUUAGCCACACUAUUAAUAACCACAAAUGACACGGAAGAUAUUACCUAUACUAUCAAAAUUAAAUCAUCUUCGAACGAAACUACGCCUUUUGCAAUUAGUUACAAGUUUAACGCAAUAGAUGGCGGUGUUGGCGUGAUCUACGCUUGCGUUUUGUUGGCUGGGCUGUAUGUCCUCAUUGUUUUUGAGGUAAUUAACAGAACUAUGGCGGCCAUAUCUGUUUCAACGAUGUCACUAGCAGCCCUGGCUAUAGCGGGCGAGAGACCGUCCUUACCAGAGGUGAUCUCCUGGCUGGACGAGGAGACUCUCCUUCUCCUCUUCAGCAUGAUGAUGCUCGUCGCCAUAAUGGCUGAGACCGGGAUAUUCGAUUUCUUGGCUGUGUUUACUUUUCAGGUGACAAAAGGCAAGCUCUGGCCGUUAAUAUAUCUUCUUUGCACUAUCACGGCGAUACUGUCAACCAUCUUGGACAACGUUACCACAGUGCUUCUCAUGUCUCCUGUCACCAUACGAUUAUGUGAAGUGAUGGAAUUAGAUCCAGUGCCGAUUCUGAUGUUCAUGUCGAUAUACAGUAACGUUGGAGGCACAGCCACGCCUGUUGGUGACCCUCCGAACGUCAUCGUAGUCUCCAAUAAAGCUGUGGUUGAUGCUGGCAUUAAUUUCACCAACUUUACAGCCCACAUGCUCGUCGGGAUUUUGGCAAUAUACAUACAGACGUCCUUGCAGAUUAGAUAUAUUUUCAGAGACUCGAAUAAACUCAGACUGUCUGUCCCUAGGGAAAUACAAGAGCUAAGUCAUCAAAUUGCAAUAUGGCGGAGGGCAGCUGACUCCCUACCACAUCUAAGCCAGGAUGUCCGUAUAGUAAGAGAGAGGUUGGAAAGAAAGAUACAGAAACUAACUGUCCAGCGAGAUUCGUUAGCAAAGAAGGCGAGCAAACGAGCAUGCCCGAAGGAGACCUUCCAAAGUACGCUGAUCAACUUGAAGGAAAAGUACAAAAUAAGAGACAAAGUUCUCCUAAUGAAGACGUCCGUUGCAGUCGCAUUCGUAGUGAUUGUGUUUUUCCUGCACUCGAUUCCAGAUCUAAACCGCGUGUCCCUCGGGUGGACGGCGCUGCUGGGCGCGAUUCUGCUGCUAACGCUGGCGGACCGCGAGGACCUGGAGCCGAUCCUGCGCCGCGUCGAGUGGUCCACGCUGCUCUUCUUUGCUGCGCUCUUCGUGCUCAUGGAGGCCUUAUCGAAGCUCGGCUUGAUCCUCUACAUAGGGGGUUUGAUGGAACUGCUCAUACUAAAAGUGGACGAAGGCGCCAGGCUCGCAGUGGCUAUAAUGCUCAUUUUGUGGGUCUCGGGAAUGAUAUCCGGUUUUGUGGAUAACAUACCUCUAACUACAAUGAUGAUCAGAGUAGUCCUCGCCAUCGGCUCUAACCCGACUUUGAAUCUGCCACUGUCUCCGCUGAUCUGGGCUUUGCUAUUUGGAGCUUGCUUAGGAGGUAACGGCACACUUAUAGGCUCAAGCGCAAGCGUUGUGUGCGCAGGAGUGGCAGAACAGCACGGGUACAAAUUCACAUUUUCAAGAUUUUUCAAAAUUGGCUUUCCUAUAAUGAUUGGUCACCUUGUGGUCGCGUCAGCUUAUCUUUUAAUAUGCCACUGUGUGUUUAGUUGGCAUUGAUACAGGGUGUUGUGUUAAGGCUGUAUUUUAGACCAUAAUAUACAGAGUGAUUCUAAACUAGGGUAUCAGUAAUUGUGGACAUUGUAAAAUGGACUGCUCAGUAUUGCAACCUUAAAAACUGUAUUAAUAUUCCUUUAAGAGCCUAGAAUCAAUCAUGGUAAAAGAUAAAUAUGUCUGCACUCGAUAAGUAAAUAUGUAUGUAGAAAGUUAAUUGAUUGUUGUAUUUAGGUUUGUGUAUAUCUUGUAAUAUAUAACCAAAAGUAGGAAUAGUUAUCAAUAUUCAUUAAAAGUAUUAACGAUACUUUAAAGGCAGAGCAGUAUGUUAAGUAAAUGUAAUAUUUCUGUAUAAAAUUCGUCAAUCUUUCUGCCUGUACUAUCAUCGCAGGGCAAUAUUCAAGUGGGAGCUUUAGUUACACUUCUGCCUACGUCUUGAUGGUACAAGCGUGAGCUUGUCUACUGUGUGUAAAUAAAAUACAAUAUUUUUGUAUAUGUAUAUUAAUGAACAACUCAAAUAAAUUGUAUAAAAUCUUAUAUUUCGUGUUAAAAAUGAGUAUUAAA